AUGAUAAAUAGAUUAAUCAGGCUUAGUUUUUGUUCCUCAAUUAAAAUAGAACCAGUUAAUAUUCAUUAUUAAGAUGGACUAUUUGAUACAGCCUAUGGUUUACUAAAAAUGACACGGAAUCCAUAUUUAAAGUAAAAGCAAUUAGAGAGCAUCACAAAUGCAUAUUUUUUAUUAGAUGGAGUUGGAUCAAACUUCAUUAAGAGUCUUUUUAAAAAGGAUAUGAAUUCAUUGAUUAUAUUUGAUUGUGAAAAGAUGCAUUUAAGGAAUGCGAUUGAAAUUUAUUAGGCAACUAAAAAGUAAAUAGAUUUGUAAUUUUUUGGUACUCCAAAAAGACCUCGUAAUCCAUUCUCAAAAUGUAAAGGUCCAAAAGACAUAUUUAAUUUAUAUAGACAUAUUUAGAAUCAAUAAAAACUUAUGCUUUCAAGAAUGUGUUUAAUUGUGAGUUAUAAUGGAGAAGUAAGAAUACAAGGAACAUUACCUGAAUGUGGAGAUUUGAAAUAUCAUUUAGAAGAGCAACCAGAAAACAUUAGUCAAAUAGGAUAUCGAAAAUAUAGCUAUCUAUUACCAUUUAGUGCUUAUUAGGGAAUUGUUACUGCUUAUAAUUAUGAGAAAGAAGGUGUGGCAAUAGAAUUUUUAAACUAUAAAAAAAUAUAUGCUUUGUAUGGUGUAUUUCCUCCAACUUAAAGAUAAUAUUAAGUUUUAUUCCAUUCCUAUAUGCAGAAAUUAGUUAAAAUACAUGAUGUGUAAUAUUAAUAAUCCAUUUUAUAGGACUCAUUCUUCUCUUUAUAAUGUGAUUGAUUUGGGUUGUGGAACUGGUGUUCUUGGAUUUAUUGCUAAUGAUGUAUUAUUGAGAAGCCUUAAGGAUAAAGAAAUAAAUAUCUAUUCAUUAGACAAUAUUGAAAACGCAGUCAAAUCAGCUAAAAUUAAUGCUUAAUGUUUAGAAUAUAAAAAUUAUACAGCAGAACUUGGAGAUAUUACAGAUAUUGAAACAUUAUAAUAUCAAUUAACAGUGUUUAAGUAAUUAGAUCUUUAUUAAUAAUUAGAUAUCCUGCUAAAUUCAAUUUGAUUAUUGCUAAUCCUCCUUGGAUUCAAGCAUCUAAAAUACGCAUUGAUGAUUCUAUUGAAAAUACAGUAACAGAUCCAGAUGGUAUUAUGCUAAAGUCAAUCUUUGAAUUUGCUAAUAGAUAUUUAUAAAUUGAAUCACUUGAUUCUACUAAAGGAAGAUUGAUUUUAAUUUAUAGUGAUAUCUCCUAAUUAUUGGAAUUGUAAGAAAAAGAAAAAGUUCAAGAGUUAUGUAGAGAAUAUAAAAUGGCUAUUACAUAUUACUCUGAAUUACCAUUUCAUAUUAAAGAUCCUCAAAAUGUUGAUCCUCUCUUACAAUAUAAACAGAAUAGUAGAGUUUAGCUUUUUGAGAUUCGCAAGAUAUGAUUUAUUAUAUAUAAAAAUUGAUUGCUAGGC